ACAAAACAAAACAAAAUUGUUCCAAGAAAAGGUUAAAAAGCAACAGCAACACCCCAUGACGCUUUGCCGUUAAAUAAAUCAAGCAAGCAACAUCAAUGUUCCUCCCACAACACUACUCAAAACAUGGACCCUCACCGCCGCCACCGCCACCGCCGCCGCACGUGGUGCUGCUCCUUUGCCGUCCCUCCCUCCAGCCCCGACAACCUUACUAACUCCUCCAAACCUCUCCCUCGCAACUCCGAGCCUCACUCCAAACCUGCAUUCUCCCUCCCAAACUCCCCCAAAUCCCGCAUCCCCGUCAAGAUCGACCCUCGCCGGAUCCUUUCCCCGGGAAGAGUCUCCCCCAUCGACUCCGAUCCCGUCGCCGGAGAACCUCUUCCCUUUCCCCCUCCCUCGCCGGAGCCGCCGCGGCCGCCAUCUCCGGCGGCGGCUACCGGCGAGAGGGACGUGAGGAUGAGCCUGAGAGGAAAGAACGGCGGGUGCAUGGUUCUGGAAGUGAACUCAGGAGUUCUCUGCGCGAAUUCGGAAGUGUUCGCGGGGUUGAUAGAGGAUUACAAGAAAGGGUCUUCGAGUGGUAGCAACAAAAUGUGUAGAAUAGAGGUUCCGGAAGUUGACAACUUGGGAGUGUUCAGAGAAACCAUUGAGCUCAUGUUCGAGAACGAUGAUGGCGUCACCAAGAGGCUUCUUAACAUUGGCGUUUUUCGAUCCAUUGACGUUUUGGAGGUUUCAGCAGGCAUCAUGUUCACUAAGGGUGUUUUGUCGUGUUUACAAUACCUUGAAGCCAUGCCUUGGACUGAAGAAGAAGAAGAAAAACUGAGAAGCCUAUUCACAAGAUUCGAGUUUGAUGAAGCAACAACAAGAGACAUCCUAGGAAGGCUUUACUUGCACGAUUCAGUAGAUUCUUCUUCCCAGCCAAAUGUGGCGCGACAGCUAGUUUGGUCAAUUACCACUUGUGUGGAUGCCAAUGCAAGAAAUGAAAUGAAGUCACUAGUGAAGGGUCUUCUUUGCAAAAGCUCAGUGUAUGAGAAGAAUCACCUUGACCUCAGCAAGGAGGAUCUGUAUUCUGUUUGCCACUUGUGUCUGGACUCAUUGAUAAGCCUCUUUGAGGAGGCAUCUGACACUGAAAGGUUGGCAAAGAAAGAUAAGAAUAGGCCAUUGAUUGAACGUGUCGCAAGACAGGUUGAUAACAUCAACUGGUUGUUGGAAAUCUUGCUUGAUGGGCAAAUAGCAGAGGACUUUGUGAACAUAUGGGCAGAUCAACACCAACUUAUUAAAAUGCAUGAAAAUGCAUCUCCUAUGGUUAGAUAUGAACUAAGUCGUGUGUCAGCGAUGCUUUUUGUUGCCAUGGCUACCAGAAAAUUGCAAUGUCGGUCAGAAGCUCGAUUGGGACUUCUUCAGGCAUGGUUCAGGCCUAUGUUGUUAGACUUUGGUUGGCUUCAGAGAUGCAGAAGAGGGCUUGAUAUAAAGUUAUUGCAAGAGGCUAUGGGUCAAACACUUCUUACUCUACCUCUAAAUCAACAAUACAUGCUCUUCAUGGAAUGGUUCAGGCACUUCUCAAGCCAUGGAACUGAAUGUCCAAAUCUAAGCAAGGCAUUCCAAAUUUGGUGGCGCAGAUCUUUCUUAAGAGGCUUUGAAACUGAUGCCAUUGAGUCAAGGUAAAAUGUGCCACUAUUUGUCCUUUCAAAUGUUUGUGUAGUGUGCAAAAGUUGCAACUAGGUGAGGGAUUCUGGACUAUGUACACUGAAUAACGUAGAUAAACUCCACAGAUUGUUGGUGAUUAUUUCAUGCCUAAAUGGUAGGAGGAUUUUUCCUCUAUUUGUUUUCUUGUUUAUUGCUCGAGGCACCAUGCUGUCCAAUUUAGGUUAGGUUAAUGAAUUGAAUGCAUUAUUGCAGUAAUAAGUUGUCACUAAGUCAUGACAUAAUAUAUAUUCAAGUUAUGCUUCAUG